AUAAACGCAUAUUCAUUUUUGCUAUGAUUAAACUGGACCUCAUAACGAUUAUUCUACUCUACAUUUAUUUAUCGUCGCUUGUUCAUACCGUAUGGUCGGAAAAUUCAGAAAAUGUCGGUUAUAAUCCGAUUGAAACACAGCGUGCUGAGUGCACAUUAAUUUCGGGAGAUGUUCGAGCCAGUGCUGAGGCGAGCGUUUCGCGAAAACUCGAAGGAUUCUGUGCGACAGAUCAUCUGAGCCGAGCAUUUGGAAAUUUGGAAUAUCGUUUGCUCAGUGAAAUAAAUCAUUUGCGUGCUUUAAUCAAUUUGCUAUUGCCACCGUUGUACCAGCAGCAAUAUUUUGCACAGCCACAACCUCAGCUAUAUCAACCAUUACCAUCUAUACACCCGCAAUCGAAUUUAUCAAAUGUGGUUAAAUCAACACAAGUUGCUGUACAACCCGAAAAGACCACUGAUGACCCAGAAACAAGUUCCCAAUUGGAUCAAAUUCAAAACGAAAGUCCAUUUGCCGUAUUGUCGAACGUGGACAAUUCAACAGAUGCCCCGAUUAAAAAGUCAACGACCAUAAACGAAACGACGGAACCAACAAAUUUUACCAACGAAAAACAUUUGGAAUUCAAACCGGUUCAGAAAAAAACAAACGAACGCAAAAAACCAUACCAAAAGAUCAAAACGGGACCGCGAGAGUUUGAAAUUAAUAAAUUGAAUAAUACCAUUCAAACGGGAGACGAUUUGCAUAUUUUCACAUAUUAUUGGAAAAUCGAAGAAUUUUCAGUGAAACUGAAAUCAAAUGUUACAACCAUAAGUAGUCCCAUAUUCUCAAUUUCAGGUCUUUUUUUACGUGUUACAGCUACAAUGAACUAUCUUGGAGACUUCUUACAUUUACAAUUGGAACAAGUUUCAGUGGAAAAGGGCACGGAUAAAUCGAAUAUCAUAUUGAAAACAGGUGAUAUAUUCACAAAAAUCGAAACGAAAGUGACAUUCAAACAUAAAAUUGCCAUUCUUAAUCAAGUGACUCCGACAAGUGACUUAAUAUCCAAUGAAUUUGCAAAUACAAACGAUGGAUUUCGAGUACCAAACAGCGCCAUAUUAUCCGGUCCAUAUUCAAAAGAUGACAAUUUAUUGAUAAAAAUUAUCAUAAAUCUUUGAGAAACCAAUUUUUUUUUGUUAAAACCCAAAAUGAUUAAAGAAAAACGCGUUUGGCA